AUGAGCAGCCCAAAGAGACGCAUCGAGACGGAUGUAGGUGUCCUGGACGAUCCUUGGCUGAUGAGCGACUACGAAGUCACACUGGUAAACGACAACAGUAUGCAGGAAUUCUACGUCAGGUUCAAGGGCCCGGAGGAGACACCAUUCGCCGGCGGCCUCUGGAAAAUCCACGUCGAGCUCCCCGAUCAAUAUCCUUACAAGAGCCCAAGCAUAGGUUUCGUAAACAGGAUAUUCCAUCCUAACAUCGAUGAACUCUCCGGCUCCGUCUGUCUGGACGUCAUCAACCAAACAUGGUCCCCCAUGUACGACAUGAUCAACAUCUUCGAAGUCUUCCUACCACAGCUGCUCCGAUAUCCGAACCCCACAGAUCCUCUGAACGGAGAAGCCGCCGCACUUCUGAUGCGGGAACCGAAGAGCUAUGAGGCUAAAGUGAAAGAAUACGUCCAGAAAUACGCCUCCAAGGACAUGGCCGACGAAGCCGAUGAAGACAGCGACGAUGACGACGAUAUGAGCUCCGUUGGCAGUUACGAAUCCGGUGAGGAAGAUGAGGCUGCUGGAAACAUGGAGGAUAUCUAGACACCUCUCCUCUCCUCCAUCUCGUUUCCAACCCGUCUCUCUACUUUGUCCCGGCUUCACUCAACGGAUAUUCAUGGGGAAGGUCGUUCAAGGCGCAUCUGUGGCAGGCGCGUUUGAAUCUCUCUCAUCUCUCCCACGGACUGGAUUAGGCUAGGCUGGACAGGAUAAGUCAGUUUCCGCAUCAUCGCCGUUUUCAUCAUCACCAUCAUCAUAUUCCCCCGGGUUUCCCUUGGCUUCUC